UGCAGAUGUUGCACGCCGAGCUGCUGUCGCUGACCUCGGUGCUGAACACGACGUCAGAUGAACCUGCGCUCACCACAGGAGACACGAUCCAGCCUCACUCCCUCUUUGAUUCACUGAGGCCACUUCAAACACCCACUGCUGCCUUUUAAACUUGUUUUAUUUUUUCAUGUCUCCAUUCGUCCUCUCUCUCCUUCUCUUUGUUGCGGACUCACGGCUCCAUUACGAGGCUGGCUACUAACCCCUCUUCCUUUUUGUUUUCGUCGUGAUGGCACUGCGCGCGGCUCCUGUACGCGAGGCAGGAGAGGAGUCGGUGGCUGAUGAAGGCGCACAUCUCGUUUGAUUCAUUACCGCUAAGGUUUUUCCGCGUUGCCACUUUUUAUUGAGAGACCUAAACUCGUUCUUUCGGAAUCGUCGCCUUCCCUGGACUCAGAUCGGUAAAAACUUGGUUUCUUGUUUUUCCUUGUAAGCCGCUGCGGUCGGCCAUCCUGCGCCGUAACAUGACGAAUAAGCAGUAAAACAAUAGUGAGAAAUAGGCCUACAUAUAGAAACUGGAUAUGGAGUCUGUGAAGAUGAGUGCAACGGCAGGGGUGAAGGAAUUUGCAGGGAAGGCCCUGGGUCAUAUGCACAGGGUGAUGGAGAGGAGGCAGAAGACCGGGGAGGUGAUCGAGCUGACGGAGGACGGGAGGCCCCGGGAGGCCGCGGAGAAGAAACCCCCUCUGUGUGACUGUAACUGCUGCGGUCUGCCGCGUCGCUACAUCAUCGCCAUCCUGAGCGGCCUGGGCUUCUGCAUCUCCUUCGGGAUCCGGUGUAACCUGGGCGUGGCCAUAGUGGGCAUGGUCAACAACAGCACCAUCCACCAGAACGGCAAGAUCAUCAUCACUGAGAAAGCAAAGUUCAACUGGGACCCGGAGACGGUGGGGCUGAUUCACGGGUCUUUUUUCUGGGGCUACAUCGUGACACAGAUCCCGGGAGGAUACAUCUCCUCCAGGCUGGCAGCAAACAGGGUAUUUGGAGCAGCCAUCGUUCUGACCUCCACUCUCAACAUGUUCAUUCCCGCGGCUGCUCGAGUCCAUUAUGGGUGUGUCAUUUUUGUGAGGAUAUUACAAGGAUUGGUUGAGGGCGUUACAUACCCAGCCUGUCAUGGCAUCUGGAGUAAGUGGGCCCCUCCUCUGGAGAGAAGUCGUUUGGCCACCAUCUCGUUCUGUGGCUCGUAUGCUGGUGCUGUGAUAGCGAUGCCUAUGGCUGGGAUCCUGGUUCAGUACUCAGGCUGGUCUUCUGUGUUCUAUGUCUACGGGUGUGUCGGUAUCUUCUGGUACAUUUUCUGGGUGCUUGUGUCCUAUGAGAGCCCUGCUGUACAUCCUACCAUCACUCAUGAGGAGCGCUGCUACAUCGAGGAGAGCAUCGGAGAGAGUGCCAAGCUAAUGGGUCCUUCCGAGAAAUUUAAGACCCCCUGGAAGAAGUUCUUCACCUCUAUGCCUGUCUAUGCAAUCAUCGUAGCGAACUUCUGCAGGAGCUGGACGUUUUACCUGCUGCUGAUCAGCCAACCGGCUUACUUUGAGGAAGUGUUUGGCUUUGAGAUAAGCAAGGUCGGCAUGCUGUCUGCUCUGCCCCAUUUGGUCAUGACCAUCAUUGUUCCCAUCGGGGGUCAGCUGGCCGACUACCUACGCAGCAAGAACCUCAUGACUACCACCAAUGUCAGGAAAAUCAUGAACUGUGGAGGAUUUGGCAUGGAGGCCACGUUGCUGCUGGUGGUUGGAUAUUCUCACAGCAAAGGGAUGGCAAUCUCCUUCCUGGUGCUGGCAGUGGGCUUCAGCGGAUUUGCUAUAUCAGGCUUUAAUGUCAAUCACUUGGACAUCGCUCCACGCUAUGCCAGCAUCCUGAUGGGUAUCUCUAAUGGUGUGGGUACCCUGUCUGGGAUGGUGUGCCCUCUGAUUGUUGGUACUAUGACAAAGAACAAGACUCGAGAGGAGUGGCAGUAUGUGUUCCUGAUUGCCUCAAUGGUGCAUUAUGGGGGAGUGAUCUUCUACGGUAUUUUUGCCUCGGGAGAAAAACAGCCGUGGGCUGACCCAGAACUCACCAGCGAUGAAAAGUGUGGCUUCAUAGACGAGGACGAGCUGGCGGAAGAGACGGGCGAUAUUACCCAAAGUUACGGUGCCUUUGCAGCUCCAGCCAAGUCGUACGGUGCAACCACACAGGUGAACGGAGGCUGGGCUUCAGGCUGGGAGAAGACCGAGGAGUACGUCCAGGAAGGAGCACAGGGAGCCGACUACGGAUACAGGAAGGACGAGGGAUACUCCUAGACCAAACACACAUCCACAGACACAUGAGUAGACCUAUUUCCCUUGGUGUGAAUCUGUUCAGUCAUAAAAAAAUCAAAAAAAAAAUCAAAUAACCAAUGAGAAACUAGAAAAUCUACGAUCCAUUGUUGUAUUGUUUGCACAUUUGAAAAAGAACAAGAAAAGUAUCCACUUAAUGUUAAAAUGACUAAAUCGUAUAAAAAACUCAAAGGUAUUUGAUUAAUAGAGGUGUAACACAUAUCAAAUUGGCAGUCUGUAAAUGUAUUAUUACAAUGAUACUAGAUAUAUUUAUUGGGAGUGCAAUUGUGUGUAAAUGUGAGCGUUUUCAUCCCAUCAGCCAAGGCUUUCUGACCUCAAUGAAGCCUUUAGGGUUAUUUAGAAGCAAGCCCUUAUUUUAGAAAGUUACUUAAAACAGUGAGACGUCCUACCAGCCAGCCAUCAGUGUAAUGUCACUGCACAGCAUUGUAAACAGAAAGUAGACACUCUGUGGAUAUAGAUUGUACUGUACCUCUCAUGAGUACACUCUGAGUAGUGUGUCCUCAUAAUGCACAAUAUGAUGAUUUUUGUUUUUUUUGUAUCACCGGCUUCUGUGUGUGUGUAAAAACAUGUAAGUGACCUGCUGUAGAGAUUUGACGAGUGGCAUAAUGAAUCGUGUUAACUGUUUGGUUUCACUUGCAUAAAAGUUCAAAAUGCCAAUCAAAUGUUUGCUUCUGCAGUUAGAUUUUAGCCUGUCAACCUGUCACAUCUCAGAAGUGUAGUGCAGAAGUCAAGCUGUUUUUUCCAUAGAACACUCAUCUGGUCUGGCUGUGCCAAAGCACUGCUGAAAGAUAUCUUUAUAAAAAAAAAUAUGAGAGUGAUUACUAAUAAUAUAACUGGAGGAUAGAUACUGUAUGCAUCAGAGUUCUUGGUGAUUACAUUUAGAUUACCAAGAUUUUCAUGGUUGUAAACAACCUAAUGAAAGGGUUUGUGCAAUGCAAAAAAUGUGUUAAAGAACAUGCUAAUCAAAAUCGAUAUACGAGUCUUAAUAUAUAGAGUAGUACUCCUAAUUAUCUUUAAAGAGGGAGGGGGGGUAUGUGAUUGAAGGAUGAGUUAUAAUGCACAUGGUAAAGCCUGGGAGAACAUAGUUUUGCUCUGAAACACUGAUAUUCAGGGAAAAGAGGAACAAUUAAAGUAGAAAAAAAUGUUUUUGGGUCAAUCUCUUAAUUCAGUGGAUGCUUCAUCAGGACUGUGAGGAUUUGUUUUGACAGUUAUCAACAGAUUGUGAUCCAAAUGCUUAACUCUGAUUGGUGCACAACGAUAUGUUAUAUCACACUUUCUACCAAUGCAGGAUCCACUGUUUGAAAUCAGAAGCACAUUGGCGGCCAGGGCCUUUAAACUAAAAGAAGAGUCAGAUUGCAUUUCAGAAGAAAAGUAGUUGAAUGUUUACAUAAAAUCUAUACUUUGCAUUUCUUACAUCAAAACACAAGAUUACUAUUCAUAGUUAUAGAGACAAUGCAGCAGGAGAAGCAAUCACAGUCUGUUUGCCAUUUGGACAAACUUCCAUUCCUCCAUUUCCAUUGAAGUGAGAUGAGACAUUUUAUGGAUUCAUGUUUAAUGAAACGACCUGCCUUUACUUUUUGAAGCCUUGCUCUUGGUGUGGAAGACGAGUGAACACACAAACAAGGCUGCAGAAUCUGUUUUGUCCUCAUUCUGCACUUACACUGACAAGGUCUGAAGGGGGCCAAGUGUGUUUCGUAUGUGACUUGUCUGCACUUCACGAUAUAGAUGUGUGUGGAUGUGUAUUUAUGCAUGGAACAAAGUGAAAUUUGAUGUAUGUCAGUUUUUUGUUGUCGUUUCCUUUUCUGUCAGACUUAUUCGUCUUCGUCUCAGAAACUGUUACUGAUGCUUCAAUUUCUUUGCACAAUCAACCAAAGGUGACGAGCAGAGUUCGGUUUAAGCUGGAAGUCAAACAUAUUGAAGGCUGUACAGACCAUCAGCAGUGAGGUUCCAGCAUGCGGACCACCCAGUGUGCAGGUGGCACCACACAAUACUCAAUGUACAAAGCAAUAAGUCCAUAGUAACAGUUCUGGCCAUGAACAGUCAUCAUGUAACUGUUUUUUAUGCAUUUGUUUAAAAGUUGUGGUUUUUGUGAUAAGAAAUGUAGAAAUUAAACACUUGUAAAGAAAAAAUAUAUAGAAAUGUAUGUACAAAAUAUAGUAAUAGAGUCCAACACAAACGUCUUCAUAGAGUUUGUGACAGGGCUGCUCACCAGAUGAGAAUGAUAAAGAGCUCUGUCUGAGAGGCGGACGCUCUUCUAUGUGUUUUUGUUUGACUGUGCUGCUGUUUCCUUCCCCUCUAUUUCUCUCUCUCUCUCUUUCCCCGUUUCUCCUCCCGUCUUUACUUUAAUUUAUGUCCCUCAUUCUGUGGCUGGACCCCCUCUUGCCCUGCUUAACCACAUGUACCUCACCCCUCCCCUGUAAAACCCACUGUCAUGAUAUUUGAAGAAACCUGAGCAGGUGAUUCUGCAUUUUUCAGAAAUGACAAAUGUGCAACCUGAAGUAGUUCAAAGUUUCCUGUUUUUGUGCCUCUAAAGUUGCAGUGUGGUUCAAUGGCUUCUUUUGCUGUGUAAAUUGAGAGGUUUGUUGAUGUCAAGAUGAAAAACUCUAUAUCCUUUUUUUUAUUAAAAAAAGUAAACAAA